GUACUAUCAAUGGGAGCUUCUUUUAGGUCUAUAAUAGCUGCGGUAGAUGUAAUUAGUAAUGUUUUCUUCAUCCAAACUUGUUAACAGUCAAGAUGAGUGACGGUGUUGGCUCUGCCUACAAGAAUAUCGUAGGACAGUUUGUCGCUGUCGUUUGCUGCUUAUCUCCUUUCCUCGGACUACUUUUUAUGCAUAGCAGCAUCAACGCAACUGACGGGCUCGGACUAUUCACAAACGCCAUAAGCUACUCGUCACUGACCGUAUCGGUGUUUUUCUCUCCGUUGAUAGUCAGCGUGGCAGGAACCAAGCCCUCUUUCUUUCUCUCCUGUCUCAUUCUUACCAUAUACACAUGUUCUAACUUUUACCCGGACUGGUUUACCCUGCUCCCAGCCGCAGGCUUAGCAGGAUUUGCUCUUGGUUUACUCUGGGUGGCUAUGUAUUCACACGCAACUUCAACCGCAGUUAAAUAUCACUCUGUGCUCAAGAAGACAAGAGAGACUUGUACAGUCCUUCUUGCAAGUGCUACAGGUGUAGCUAUUCAGCUAGCAGGAAUGGUGGGUGCAUCAGUCUCCUCUAUUGUACUCUUUAAUAUGAAGACAAUAGAGUACAAUAGUACUCUAAAUGAUACUGGUAGCUGUGGCAUAUACGAAGAGGGUCACAAGGUCUCAGAUAUACUGUAUUAUCCUCUUAUGGGGAUCUAUACUUUAAUGAAUAUUGCUGCACUAUUCACCACUGCAGUAUUUCUAGAUAAUUUUAGAACUGACUCGACGUUUGGAAGUAAAAUUAGAAAACGACUCUACACUUCUGCAAAAUCAUUCAUUUCUUCUUUACUUAACGUUAGUGUCCUGUUACUCUUUCCAAUGUUCAUACUUCAUGGGUUACUCCUUGGCUAUAUUAGCGGAGAUUUUUCAAAAGUGUUUAUUUCUGAUUGCAUUGGGCUAAAGUGGCUAGGCUUUGUACACGCAGUCUAUGGCCUAACUGGAGGCAUUGUGACAUUCCUAACAGGGAAAGCACUUCAAUACAUGCCACAGCCUAUUGUUGUAUUCACUGCAUUGCUGGUCUCAUUUAGCGCCUCUAAAUGCCUCAUUUACUUGAAAAGAACACCUCAUAUACUAGUUAUCUUUUCAUUGGCAAUUGGUUGGGCAAUUGGAGAGAGCAUGUUUAUGACAUUGGCACCAGGAAUUGCUGGAAUUUUAUUCCCAGACUGUAAAGAGCAAGUUUUUGCUUACUACAGACUAGGAAUGGCUAUUGGCUAUGUCAUUAGUUACGCUACAGCACUUUCUCUGGAGACCUACCAGCAGUUAUGGCUAAUCAGUGGAGUAAUACUGCUUACAGGAAUCUGCUAUGUCUUACUAAAAAUAAGAGAGAGAAUUAAGAAUAAUGAGAAUGAUAAUGAUAGUGCCACUGCAGUGUAGUCUGAUAGCAUUUUUAAUGAAUUCUUCACACAUA